AUGGAGACAAAACCAGACUGCGCCUGUGACAAACUUAUGCAAGAGAAGGAACGCCACGUGAAAGCCAACAUGCGCGACUACAAUGACAAGUUCUUUUAUGCUGACAAUCACAUCAAAACCUCAAAGUACAAUGUCUUCACCUUCCUGCCCAUAAACUUGUUUGAGCAGUUCCAGAGGGUGGCCAACGCUUACUUCUUGGUGCUGCUGAUACUGCAGUUAAUUCCAGAAAUUUCCUCCCUGUCGUGGUUCACAACCAUCGUGCCUUUGGUGUUGGUGCUGGUAAUGACGGCUGUGAAGGACGCCACAGAUGACUAUUUCAGACAUAAGAACGACCAGCAAGUCAACAAUCGACAGUCUCAGGUUCUCAUCAAGGGAAGUUUGCAGAAUGAGAAGUGGAUGAACGUCCGAGUGGGGGAUAUCAUCAAACUAGAGAAUAAUCAGUUUGUCACUGCUGACAUCCUCCUCCUCUGCAGUAGUGAGCCCUAUGGACUGUGCUAUAUUGAGACUGCAGAGCUGGAUGGAGAGACAAACCUGAAAUUUCGUCAGGCUUUGACCGUCACCUCAGAUUUGGGAGAUACUACCAAACUGAUGGACUUUGAUGGAGAAGUCAUUUGUGAGCCACCAAACAACAAACUGGAUAAAUUCAUAGGAACUUUAUGCUGGAGAGACAUCAAACACCCUCUGGAUAAUGAGAAAAUGCUGCUGCGAGGUUGUGUACUAAGAAACACAGAGUGGUGCUUUGGGAUGGUGAUCUUUGCUGGUUUGCAAACCAAACUCAUGCAGAACUGCGGAAGAACUACAUUUAAAAGAACAAGUAUUGACAAACUGAUGAACACUUUGGUUUUGUGGAUCUUCGCCUUCCUCUUUUGUAUGGGGGCUAUUUUGGGCAUUGGAAACGCUGUUUGGGAGAGCUGGAUAGGCAGAAACUUCCAGGUGUUUUUACCGUGGGAGGAGUUUCAGAGAAGUGCUGUUUUCUCUGGCUUCCUCACUUUCUGGUCUUACAUCAUCAUCCUCAACACUGUUGUGCCCAUCUCACUGUAUGUCAGCGUGGAGGUUCUGCGGCUCGGCCACAGUUACUUCAUUAACUGGGACCAGAGGAUGUACCACAGUCAGACGAACACUGCGGCAGAAGCUCGCACCACCACCCUAAACGAGGAGCUCGGUCAGGUGGAGUUUAUCUUCUCCGACAAGACGGGCACCCUGACCCAGAACAUCAUGGCCUUCAGCAAGUGCUCCAUUAAUGGACACACGUACGGUGAUGUAUAUGAUGAAUUUGAGCGGAAGGUGGAAAUAACCGAAAAGACAGCCUGCGUGGACUUUUCCUUCAACGCUCUCUGUGACAGAGGGUUUAAGUUUUACGAUGGCCGCCUGGUUGAGGCCAUUAAACUGGAGGAUCCCGCCGCUCACGAGUUCUUCAGACUGCUGGCUCUGUGCCACACCGUCAUGCCAGUGGAGAAGAGCGAAGGACAUUUGGUGUACCAGGCCCAGUCACCUGACGAGGGAGCUCUGGUCACGGCGGCUCGGAACUUUGGGUUCGUCUUUCGGGCUCGAACCCCCGAGACCAUCACACUGUGUGAGAUGGGACGAGCCGUCACCUACCAGCUGCUGGCCAUACUGGACUUCAACAACGUGCGCAAGAGAAUGAGUGUCAUUGUGAGAAACCCGGAGGGACAAAUCAAACUAUACUCCAAAGGAGCGGACACUAUUAUCUUUGACCUUCUGGACCCAUCCAGUGAACACCUCAUGUACACUACCUCAGAACAUCUCUGUGAAUUUGCUGGCGAAGGGCUUCGCACAUUAGCUCUGGCCUACAAAGAUCUCGAUGAAGAUUAUUUAGAAGUUUGGAUGAAGAAGCUUUUGUUCGCCAGCACUGUGAUCGAGAACCGCGAGGAUCAGCUGGCUGUUCUCUACGAGGAGAUCGAGCAGGGCUUGAAGCUUCUAGGAGCCACGGCAAUCGAGGACAAACUUCAGGAAGGAGUCCCAGAAACUAUCGCCUGUCUAAAUCUAGCAGACAUCAAGAUCUGGGUCCUCACAGGAGACAAACUCGAGACAGCGAUGAACAUCGGCUACGCCUGCAACAUGCUGCGAGACGACAUGAAUGAGGUGUUUAUCAUUUCUGGCCACGCACUGCCGGAGGUGCAGCAGCAGCUCAGGAGCGCUAAAGAGCGCAUUCUGGGCCGGAGUCGAGUGAGCAGUGCUGGAGAAGUGGAGAAGGCCGAUGACUCCGUGUUUGAAGAAACCAUUAUCGCAGAGUACGCCUUAGUCAUCAACGGACACAGUUUGGCUCACGCUCUGGAGCCACAGCUAGAGCACAUCUUGCUGGACGUGGCCUGUUUGUGUAAAACAGUCAUCUGCUGCCGGGUCACUCCGAUGCAGAAAGCCCAGGUGGUGGAGCUGGUGAAGAGGUACAAGAGGGCCGUCACCCUGGCCAUUGGAGAUGGAGCCAAUGACGUCAGCAUGAUCAAGACUGCUCACAUCGGUGUCGGCAUCAGCGGUCAGGAGGGGAUGCAGGCGGUUCUGGCAUCAGAUUACUCCUUUGCACAGUUUCGGUACCUGCGGCGGCUCCUGUUGGUGCACGGCCGCUGGUCCUACCACCGCAUGUGUCAUUUCCUGUGCUAUUUCUUCUACAAGAACUUUGGAUUUACGCUGGUGCACUUCUGGUACGGCUUCUUCUGUGGUUUCUCAGCUCAGACUGUGUAUGACCAGUGGUUUAUCACCUUCUUCAAUAUCGUCUAUACAUCUUUACCAGUCCUGGCAAUGGGAAUUUUUGAUCAGGACGUCAAUGACCAGAACAGCCUUUGCUACCCGAGCCUUUACAAACCCGGCCAGCAAAACCUUCUUUUCAACAAACGCCAGUUUUUCCUGUGCACGCUGCAGGGGCUGGGCACCUCAUUCCUGCUCUUCUUCAUUCCCUACGGAGCCUUCUCUGUCAUGGUGAAAGAGGAAGGUUCCCACUUUUCCGACCAACAAGCGUUUGCUGUUACCAUAGCAACGUCCCUGGUCAUUGUCGUAAGUGUCCAGAUUGGACUCAACACACACUACUGGACAGCUGUCAAUCACUUCUUCAUAUGGGGCAGCUUGGCCGCAUACUUUGCCAUAUUAUUUGCAAUGCAAAGUGAUGGCAUAUUUGGCAUCUUUCCACGUAAUUUCCCAUUCAUAGGCACGGCAAGAAACUCUCUAUCAGCGACGAGUGUGUGGUUGGUCAUUGUGCUCACCACGGUGGUGUGCUUGGUGCCCGGCUUAGCCGUCAGCUUCCUGAGAGCACAACUCUUCCCAACUCUCACAGAUAAGGUCCGUUGUCUCCAGCAGUCCAGAAAGAGACGAGGACCUCGGGAGCAGAACCUGAGGAGAGGACGCAGGACGAGCUCCCGCCGCUCUGCGUACGCCUUCUCCCACCAACAGGGCUUCGGAGAGCUCAUUACGUCUGGCAGAAACAUGAGGAGGAUGAAUACAGUUUCUUCUGUUUGCUCUCCUGGCCGAGCAGCACACAGCUCCACCUGGAUAGAAAACAUGUUGAAGAGAAAGAACGAGGUCUCUUGUGUCUCUGGUGAAAGCACCGGAGCACCUGAAAUAGCAAAAGCAGACUCAACAGACUGA